ACCUGGCACCGUACCGAAAGAGCAAGAAUCGAGCGCGAAGAAACCAAGUAGGUUUACACUAGCACGUGAAAAAGAUAUUGGAUAUAUUGGAUAUUGGAGUUGUGAGCGGAAUUUUCAAAUCAGAGGUCACGGUGAUGUCACUGGAUCCAAAGUACGCCGACUUGCCAUGGAUCGCUCACGGACAGCCAGAUGUUUACGAAGCUGGAGAACUUCCAGAAGCAGAUCAAAAUAUAAAGGAAACUGUUGAAGAUACAAUGACGGCUAAAGAGAUCGAGGUUGUUAAACUGUCGGUUCCAGAAGCACAUAGACGUUUUGCAGGUUGCAAGCUUGAUGCUUCAAAAGUUGACUUUUCUGACUGCAUUUCUGGUAAUGGUAGGAUUGGAUAUACAAUAGAAAAAGAUCAAUACGAUUUCUUUUCUGCCGAAUCAAGGGAUAAGGAAUCACUUGUGAACAGAUUCCAGCGUCUCCAAACUGAAACACACCAGUUAAUUAGUGAUAUACAAGCUGUAUCAGAUCAAAAUAAUCUUGACCCAAAGGAACCCCUUUCCACUGCCCAGUUGCUUUCAUGUGCGGAGGCGUUAUCUGAAAAGCUAUCGAUAAUAAAUCCAACAGAAUUACCUACAGUAUGCUUGGACCCAUUGGAUACUUUUGGGCAAACGUUGCAUAGUAAAAUUUUAAGACAGAUUGACGAGUUCAAACCGGACAAACAAGCUUCUAGAAGUGCAGAUAAAUCGGAUCAUUUAAUCUACGAAAUUUACGAUCGAAAGAGCUCUGUCCAGCAAUCCGAUGGUGAAAAAGUGGCAGAUAUUGAUCGUCGGAUUCAUCGUAUUGAAGCUCUUAUUGGUCAACCAGAUACUAACAAGCUCACAGCUCUAACAGCGGAUACAACCUCUCACGGUCUUUUGGAAGCUUGUUCGCGUCUGUCCGCUCGUUCCUCGUUAUUUCAGCAGGGACACCUUGAUAUGAUCGAAGCUCGUUUAGCAUCACUACAAGGGAAGCUACAAGCUGCCACCGAAAAGCGAGAGGCUCUGGCGGAUUACGAUGCACAAAAUAAAAUCGCGGAACUUUACGAACUGGUAAAGAAGUGGAAUGAUGUAGCCGAUAGUUUACCUAUGAUUGUCGAACGACUCAGCACUCUAAAAUCAUUACACGAAGAAGCUUCUCAAUUCAGUCAAUCUCUGUGUGCAAUAGAAUCAAGUCAAAAAAAUGUGGAAGGAAGUUUAUCCUCAUAUACUAAGCUUCUGGAAGAGGUACAAAGCAAUGUUAUCAAGAAUAUGGAGGUUAUAAAGGACAACUUUACCACUAUAGAAUCACUUUUCGCAGUCCGUUCUAAAUGAAUAUUUAACUGCGUAUACUCCCUACUAAAAACACUUUCCACUUCAUUCGGUCUUACAUUUAAAACGAUCUUCUUCUCGUAAUGUUUUAUUGACAGCAAUUGGUUUGUGGUUUCUAAUAAUUUUCAUUAUAAAUUAAAAUCUUAUUUUGUUCUCA